CCGCCCCGUCCCCGCUGGUGGCUCAGAGGCAGCGCGGCGAGCCGCGGAAGCAGCCGAGCCCAUGGCCCAGGAGGACGAGGCGGAGAGCGGCGGGCUCCUGCUGGAGAUCCUGAGCUCGCCGCUCAACCUGAGCCUGCUGGGCCUCUGCCUCUUCCUGCUCUACCAGAUCCUGCGGGGCGAGCGGCCCCCGCGCCAGCCCGACGCCGCCGAGCCGCCGCCGCCGCCCAAGCUCAAGCGCCGCGACUUCACCCUGGCGCAGCUGCGGCCCUACGACGGGGUGCAGGACCCGCGCAUCCUCAUGGCCAUCAACGGCAAAGUCUUCGACGUGAGCCGCGCCAGGAAGUUCUACGGGCCCGAGGGCCCAUAUGGAAUUUUUGCUGGAAGGGAUGCAUCCAGAGGUCUUGCCACAUUCUGUCUGGAUAAGGAGGCUCUGAAGGAUGAAUAUGAUGACCUGUCUGAUCUCAACGCUACGCAGCAAGAGACCCUGAGAGACUGGGAAUCUCAGUUCACUUUUAAGUAUCACUACGUUGGCAAACUGCUGAAGGAAGGAGAGGAACCCACCGUAUACUCAGAUGAAGAAAAAGAAGAUGCUAAAGAUCAAAAGAGAGACUAGAGAAUGCAGUGAGGAACAAUAUUUUUGUAUCUUAAAAGACCAUUUGUAACAUUCCAGUUCUGUUUUACAAGUUGUAACAUCAACAGUAGUUAGAAAAGGUACAGACUUGCUGUGAAUUGGAUUGCUUUUAAAACCUCUCUUAAUCUAAAUUUACCGGUAACAUAAACAAGAUUCAAUUUCUUUCAUAAACUGCAUGACCUAACGUUCUGUAGGACAAAAAGCACCAAGACAGUGCAGAAAUGAACUGAAACUUUGUACUAAGAAGUUAUUUCUGUUUUUCUUUCAUCAGAGUAGGUUGAAAUUAAAAAAAAAAAAUCUUUUAUUUAAUGGCUAAGGCCCCAAUCCUGCAAAUGCUUAAGCAUAAGAGUAAUUUUACACAUACGAGUAGUUAUUCUACACUGAAUUCAGUGGAAGAGUUUGCAGGAUCUGGGCUUUAGAUUAUAAUUUUUAUGAGGCAGGGACUAUGUCCAUAAAGCAUCAUAUCUAUCUAUGGUGCUAUAUAAAUAAUUUAAAGGUAGAUAAAACUGACAUUUUAAAAAGAUUCCCCACAAGCCUAUAGGGGAAUCCCUGAACAUGAAUGCUUUUUAAAAAAAAUCCUCUUUUGUUCAGAGAGGCUAUAUGAUUUUUAGGUACUCAUAUCAUUCUUCAAGGAUUGAUGAACGGCUAAGCUAAUUCCCAACUCGUGUAGACACGAGUUUAAAAAUAGCAGUGUGGCCACAGUGGCUUAGGCUAGCCAUCUGAGUACAACCCCAUCCAAGAUCCUAGGUAUGUAUUUGAGUAGCUAGCCUCAGUCGCUCUCCAUGCCAUGGCAGCCACGUUAUUUUAGCAUGCUAGCUUGAUCAAAGCUACCAUGUAUGUGUCUGCCUGGCACAGAAAUACACCCAGUGGCAGCGAAGACACACCUCAUGUUUAUUGACAGCCAUGUAACUGGAUUAAUGAUUUUUGUUGUGUUUACCUCUAAAGCAUAUCUGAAAUGUUACAAAAGUUUUUUUGGUAUUGAUUAGAAGUUAGAACUCCCACCUAGAGAGGGGCAUGACUCAGCUAUGACUACUGUUCGUUCACUUUUCCUCUUAGCAAAACUUAUUGUAGGGACUGACUCCAAAAUUUAACCUAGAUUAAUUUUUUUUUUAUUGGCAAACCUCCUAAUGUGGACACAGUUUAUGCCAGCAAAAGAGUGCUGAAGCUGGUACAGUUCAUCCAAGUUCCCAGAACAAAAUAAGUUAUACCAGCAAAAGCACUUCAUUGCCAGGAGAGCUGCAUCUACACUAAUGCUUUUGCUGGUAUAGAAGUGUCAUUCUAUACGACACCCCUAACUGAUGCUACUAUACCAGCAAGUUUCUAGGGUGGAGCUGGCUCUAGAAUUGUUUUUUAGUGUGUUUGUCUCAUAACUCAUAACUCAUAACUCACGUUCAGGCUUGUUUUUUUAGCAGGUUCUUCCUUACUGAGUAAUCAAGUCGCAUACCAAAAAGGGGAAUUGAGAAUGUCUUUGCCCAGUGAGGAGGGUCAACAUACUGUUAGGACACUGAAGAAAUAUUUCAGAUUGUUAGUGGAAAUUUCAAGGAGUUAAUGACCCACUGAUCCUUCAUGGAACGCAUUCCUUGUUGAAACACUUUUGCUUGAAUGUUGUGUGCGCUCUGUAGUUCUCCAUCGUUCCCUCUCUGUCAGAUCCUGCCGUUGGAUUCAAUUAAGCAAGUCCGCAUAGGUCCUUGAUUUUUAGCUUGUUUCCCUUCUGAGUCCAACAGACCCUGAGUUCAUGAGCCUUCAGGUCAUGUUUCAAGUUACCUAUUUACUUAAGGCUGUGCUAUAAGAGAGGCACUUUUAAUUGUUUUGUUAAAUGUUUUUUUACCUUGGUUUUAAACCAGAUUGAAUGUGAGUUUGCAGUAGGCCGACCUUGCAGAACUCUUGCCCACUUGCCUGCAGUAUGUAUGUAAUAUAUAUUUUAAGCAAAAGUAAUAUUUUAACUCUUCGUUAGUACCAGGGCAAAGGGUGGUUAAGUGGGUUUUAUACCUAGACCAGUAAACUUUCAAGACAACAUUGCAAAUGUAACAUAAGCACAUUCCUGUACUGAAAGGUUAACAGUGGUCUGGUGGCUUAAGCACAGGUCUAGAGUUAGACUUGCUCUGUAAGCUUAGCCAGAUCACUUCAACUCUAUGUGCUGUAGUGUCUCCAUUGGUAAAGGAGGCUGAUACCUACUUCACAGGGGAUUGAGCCUCGGUUCUUUCCUGUAAAGUGCUUAGAGGUCCUCUGGAAAGUGCUAUAGAAAGGCGAAGUGUUAUGUAGUUUUUUUUAAAUCAUGAACAGCCUGAUGUGUGGUGCUGCUACUGUGUACUUUUGAAUGAAAACCAGCUCCGUGGGAGCACAAGCCUCUUGCAAAAUCCUUUGUUGCUGAUGAUCCUAUUUGCCAGAGCAGCCCAUUAUUCUAUAAAACUUAGACAGGAAACUUUAGGCAGAGGAGCAGACAGAGCGUAGCUGCUUACACCAAACAAAAAGGGAAACUCUUCCUCAACUAGGCAAAAUUGUUCUUAAAUAGAAAGUGUUCCAUGAGGUGCAGCAGCUUUUGUAAACAGUACCUAGUGCAUGUGUAAAAAUACCUGAGACUGUGUGUGUUCAGAAUGACUGUUCUUAAUCCAUACUCUGGGAACCACUUUGAUUGCAUUUGUCUUUUUGUAACACUAGGCCUUAAAACAAAGAGUGCAGUUGUUAGCACAGGUAGCUUUCUAAAAUAUUAUAUGAACCAUGUAGGGAGGGGCUAGGCUAAUGUAAAACUAGUUAUGGGCUUUGUGUUGCUUUUUUAAGCCAUUUAGAUUCCUUGUAGACUACUUCUAAUGGUUUUACCUCAAAUCAGAAAAGUGCUUUUACUUGUUACAGGCAGACAAUAAAAUUCUUACAUAGUG